UGUCUGACUGACGCAUAAAUAGCAAGUUUUGUUUCGGUGCGAAAGUUAUUGUUGAGAAUUUUUGAAACACACCGUAGAUACUUCCUUUUCCGCUAACACAACCAAAAUGGCUCGUGUGAGGACCAAAACAGUGAAAAAGGCUGCCAGAGUGAUUAUUGAAAAAUAUUACACCAGGCUCACUGCUGACUUUCACACCAACAAGAGAGUAUGUGAAGAAAUUGCCAUUAUACCAAGCAAAAAGCUCAGGAACAAGAUUGCUGGGUUUGUUACACAUUUGAUGAAGAGGAUCCAGAAAGGCCCAGUUCGCAACAUCUCUAUUAAACUUCAAGAAGAAGAAAGAGAGAGAAGAGAUAACUAUGUCCCUGAGGUAUCAGCCCUGGAACUUGACAUAAUUGAGAUUGAUCCAGAUACAAAGGAGAUGUUGAAGGCUCUUGACUUUGCCAACCUCCCUCAUCUUCAAGUGACACAGCCAACUCCUACCUUUGCUGGUAGAGCACCACCUGCUGGUCUGAGAACUUAAAUUAUAGCUUUGUAAUGAAGUAAAUAAAUGAUCGA